UCGACGUCAGUGCUACCAACAUAAUCAGCGUGUCCACCAUUUUUACGCAGCUGAUGUUUGUUUGAGAUAUAUUUAAUUUAGAAUUUUAUCUAAAUAAUAUCUCAAAAUGGGAGCCUCCUUCGUCCCCAUCACCGUUUUCACCGUCCUGUGGGGUAUUGUGGGCAUUGUCUGCCCCUUCUUCGCCCCCAAAGGCCCGAACAGAGGGAUUAUCCAGGUGGUGUUGAUGCUAACUGCUGCCACUUGCUGGCUUUUCUGGCUGUGUGCCUACAUGGCGCAGAUGAACCCGCUCAUCGGGCCCAGACUUAACAAUGAAACCCUCAUCUGGAUGUCUCGCACCUGGGGCAACAAAAUCACCUCAUAAGCGGGCAGAGGACAACCAAACUCUAGUAUUAUAAGUGUUGAUAUAUUUGUGUCGAAUUGUAUCAAGUAAAUGCUAUUUAACUAUUUAUGUUAACCUUUAAUGAAUCAAUCAAUCACUGUUUGUAAAUAAGUCAGAUAUGUAACAUCAAAAUAAACUCAAAAAAAUCAUACUGCCUCAAUGAAAUGAAACCUUUUUUUGUGUAUUAUAAUUUUAAAAAAAGUUUAACACGCACCUUUCGGUGAUAGAAGGUCUUUGGUGUGUCUAUGGUAUUUUGAUGUCACCAUCCUUGAAAAUGAAAUAUUUUCUAUCAUUCCAAUAAAUUAUAACUUCUCUUCUGUAAACUGAAUGUAUAAAUUCUCUUACUUAUAUGUAGAUAAAUAAAUUUAUUUCAGUUUA